GACCACACCUUCCACGUGCCUCACAAUGUCAACUUCUUGCUUGGGAUCUCCAGCCUCACCAAGGCUCAAAACGGACCCCAAAUGCUCCUGCGCCACUGGUGGCUCCUGCACGUGCGCCAGCUCCUGCAACUGCAAAGAAUGCAAAUGUACCUCCUGCAAGAAGAGCUGCUGCUCCUGCUGCCCCAUGGGCUGUGCCAAGUGUGCCCAGGGCUGUGUCUGCAAAGGGGCGUUGGAGAAAUGCAGCUGCUGUGCCCGAUGUGGGGACAACCCUGCUCCCAGAUGUAAAUAGACCCACCUGCACAAACCCGGAUUUAAAAAAAAUACAACCCGGAGCCAUUUGCUGCAUUUCUUUUUCUAUUAAAUAUGUGAAUGGCAAUAAAACAAUUUUGACUUGAAA